AUGGGUGCCAUGGCAAUGAAGAUUUAUAAUGGUUAUGAGAUUGCAGUCUUGGUUGCAAUAGUUUUUUUAGGUUCUUUCAUGGAAAAUUCAGCUACCACCACAGGCACCAAUACCACGGACAUGUCAACAGCAAUUCUCAUAAGUGUGGAUCAAUCGGGCAAUGGAGAUUUUAAGAAGAUACAAGAUGCUAUUGAUGCAGUUCCAUCUGCAAACUCAGAAUUGUAUUUCAUUUGGAUUAAGCCAGGGACAUACAGGGAAAAACUUCAAGUGCCUGCGGAUAAACCCUUCAUAACAUUGAGUGGCACACUGGCCUCUAACACCACCAUAACAUGGGGUGACACUGGGGAGAUAAUUCAAUCUGCAACUCUUUCUGUAUUCGCUUCUGACUUUGUUGCACGAUAUCUCACAAUUCAGAAUACGUUUGGGACAUCAGGCAGAGCUGUUGCCCUUAGAGUAGAGGGAGACAGAGCUGCUUUCUAUGGUUGCUAUAUUCUUUCGUAUCAAGAUACUCUCCUGGAUGAUGCUGGUAGACACUAUUACAGCAACUGCUAUAUAGAAGGAGGCACUGAUUUCAUUUGUGGAAAUGCUGCUUCCCUCUUUGAACAAUGCCAUCUUCAUUCUCUCUCAACUGUAGGUGGAGCUAUAACUACUCAACAUAGGAAUUCAUCAUCAGAGGACACUGGCUAUACCUUCUUGAAUUGUACGAUCACUGGUGUAGGAACUGCUCUCCUUGGAAGACCAUGGGGUCCUUACUCUAGGGUGGUCUUUGCACUAACUUACAUGUCCAGUGCGGUAGUGCCACAGGGCUGGGAUGACUGGGGAGAUCUAAGCAAGCAGAGCACUGUGUACUAUGGUGAGUACCAGUGUUAUGGUCCAGGAGCCAAUAGAACUAAGAGGGUUGGAUGGUCAAAGAGCCUAUCAAACCAAGAGGCUACACCCUUCUUGACAAAGGACAUUAUUGGAGGGCAAGGUUGGCUUAGACCUUCACCAACUCACUUCAUCAAGAGAGGCUCUACCAAUGUCACAGUGAAUGUUCCUUGA